GACGCGGCCCAACUGCGCCGUCAUCCCGGCUAUAAGCGCGCGACCUCCCGGGCUCUCCGCUUCGACCGGGCCGCCGCCGCCAUGCAGACGCCCAGCCUGCUGCCGCUGCUGCUCGCCCUCGGCCUGCUGGCCGCGCCCGCCGCCGCGGUCAUCAGGAUCCCACUGCAGAAGUUCACGUCCAUCCGCCGGACCAUGUCGGAGGCGAUGGGCCCCGUGGAGCACCUGAUCGCCAAGGGCCCCAUCUCGAAAUAUGCCGCCGGGGAGCCUGCUGUGAGUCAGGGGCCGAUUCCCGAGCUGCUCAAGAACUACAUGGACGCCCAGUACUACGGGGAGAUCGGCAUCGGGACACCCCCCCAGUGCUUCACCGUCGUCUUCGACACCGGCUCUGCCAACCUGUGGGUCCCAUCCAUCCACUGCAAGCUGCUGGACAUCGCCUGCUGGGUCCACCACAAAUACAACAGCGACAAGUCCAGCACGUAUGUGAAGAACGGCACGACCUUCGACAUCCACUACGGCUCGGGCAGCCUCUCAGGGUACCUGAGCCAGGACACUGUGUCGGUGCCCUGUAACCCGUCCUCGUCCAGCCCAGGCGGCGUCACGGUGCAGAAACAGACCUUCGGGGAGGCCAUCAAGCAGCCGGGCGUGGUCUUCAUCGCGGCCAAGUUUGACGGCAUCCUGGGCAUGGCCUACCCCCGCAUCUCCGUCAACAACGUGCUGCCUGUCUUCGACAACCUGAUGCAGCAGAAGCUGGUGGACCAGAACGUCUUCUCCUUCUUCCUGAACAGGGACCCGAAAGCCCAGCCCGGGGGAGAGCUGAUGCUGGGCGGGACCGACUCCAAGUACUACAGAGGCAGCCUGACCUACCACAACGUCACCCGCAAGGCCUACUGGCAGAUCCACAUGGACCAGCUGGACGUGGGCAGCAGUCUGACCGUGUGCAAGGGAGGCUGUGAGGCUAUCGUGGACACGGGCACGUCCCUGAUCGUGGGCCCUGUGGAGGAGGUGCGGGAGCUGCAGAAGGCCAUCGGGGCCGUGCCGCUGAUCCAGGGCGAGUACAUGAUUCCCUGCGAGAAGGUGUCCAGCCUGCCUCAGGUCACCCUGAAACUGGGGGGUAAGGACUACACGCUGUCCCCGGAGGACUACACGCUCAAGGUGUCGCAGGCCGGGACGACCGUGUGCCUGAGCGGCUUCAUGGGUAUGGACAUCCCCCCGCCCGGCGGGCCGCUCUGGAUCCUGGGCGACGUCUUCAUCGGGCGCUUCUACACCGUGUUCGACCGCGACCAGAACCGGGUGGGCUUGGCUGAGGCUGCCCGGCUCUAGCUGGCCCCCGCCCGCUAGAGUCUGGAGGGGGCUGCCCCGCCACGCACACCCACACACACUCACGCUCACACUGCACUCACACUCACACCGCACCGAUUAUCCCGAGGCCCGUUGGGCCGCAGUUCUGCUCUGUGGGUUCCCCUCCCUGGUGUCUGAAAUGCUGCGUGCUGGUCUGUCUGUCUGUCUGUCUGUCUGAUGGAGAGGCGGCCUGGGGCAGCCGGCAGCUCCGGUGCACAGAGUCCUCUCUCUGACUUGGAAGACACAGCUUGUUGGGCGGCUGUGUCCCGGGACCCCUGCCCUGGGUGAUUCCCUCGGGCCCAGCUACCCUCCUGGUCGCUCCACCCCACAGCUCAGGCCCCUGCCGCCCGCCUGUUCAUCCUGGACGCCCUGAGGAAGGGCCGAGGCCUGAGGACAAGCUGGCAAGGGUGGCAGGGACCAGAAGCCAGUCCCACGAAGCCUGCAGGGCCGUGCGGGGGCUCACCUUGUCGCGCAGGGCAUCCAGGGCAUUCUCUGGCCCUGGGGAGGGGGGUGGCACUGGAUGAGAGGGGGCUGGGGCCAGCCUUCUCCGCGGCUGCCCCUUUCUUGAGUGGCUGGGAGCCAAAGUUGGCACGAAAAUAAAGCCGUUGAGGCCUCUG